AUGGCAAAAGAUCAAAAAUACAACCAGAGCUACAGAAAAGAGUUGACACUUAAAGCUCACGAAGUGAUCUCUCAGGAGUUGCUAUCUCAUUAUGAUCAUUUCGCUGUUCAGAAAUGGUAUGCUCUGACAUUAGAGGCUAAAAGUAGAUGCGAAGGCUUCAAACAAAGGAUAGAACAACUCGAAACCGUUAAAAAGCAUAUGGAUUUAGCGGUGUCUAUGAAUCCUAACGACGCGAGUCUUUUACAUAUGUUGGGUGAGUGGUGUUACCAGAUUACAGAUCUACCCUGGCAUCAGAGGAAAACUGCGGAGACUUUGUACGCGAAGUUGCCACAGUCAACAUACGAAGACGCUCUUGAAUAUUUCUUAAGGGCAGAAGAAGCUCAACCUAGAUUUUACAGUAUUAAUCUACUUAGGUUAGGUAUGUGUUACUUGAAACUAAAUAUGGAAGACCAAGCUAAAUACUAUUUGAAAUUAGCAGCGAGCUAUCCGGCGAAGUCGAAUGACGAUCAUCACGCGAACAAAGAGGCUGCGGAAAUAUUAAAAAAGAUUAAAUAA